UGUAACUUGUCUUCCCUCAUCACUCCUCUCCUUCUCUCAUCACUCUCUCUCUCUCCUUUCCUCAUUCAUCUGAAAAAUCUAGCAAUCAAAUGAGCGACACAAAAUCAUCAUCUCUAAUGGAGGCAAAGGCGGUGCACCCCCUCCACCAGAUCGCCGGAAACCCGACCCACAAACUCCUCCUCAAGCAGUGGCUCAAAGAGGAGGAGCUCAUCCUCAACCGCCUCUCCCUCAAGGAGACCCAGAUCGACUCCACCCGUAAAGAGAUCACCCACCUCUACUGCCUCUUCUUCCUCUUCCACUCCACCGCCCUCCUCCUCCUCUUCUCCGCCUCCGCCAGCCCCCACCUCUGCCGCCGCUCCUGGCUCCCCUCCCUCUGCUCCCUGCUCUUCUCCCUCGGCUUCAUCUGGGCCAUCCGGUACAAGACCGACGCCGAGUCCCAUCUCGAGAAGAUGCUUACCCGGGAGAAGGAGGACUCUGCGCUGCUGGCUAAGUGCGUUGAGGAGCUCAAGAGGAAGGGCGCCGAGUUCGACCUGCUCACCGAGGUGGACGCCCUGCGCCGAGCCAAGAGCUUGCGAAUUGAGUCCAAGCCCGUCCCCAAGUGGUCCGCCCGGGACUUCGUUACCCUGUUUUUCUUCGCGGUGUCUUGCUGUGUCGUAGUGUUGAACAGGCUCAUCUUGUGCACUUAGAUAUGCACUACUAGCUUUGAUGUAAUGUAAUCAUUCUUUAUAUUACAAUGCAAAUUUCGCUUUUGUGUUA